AGGUAAUAUAAUUCCCCCCUUCGCUUUGGUCGUCAGGGUUUCAGACAUCGAAUCGGGGUUCUCCUCGCCGCUUUGAUUCCCUCCGGAUUGGUGAGUAUACAAUAGUUCUAAUGGAUCCUGAAGGUAGAAAAUUUGGAAGAGGGCCGAGAGAGCUUGGAGGUUCAAUUGAUCUUCUAAAUUAUUAUAAACUUGAGCGGCAUCAUGAAUUUUUCUGCAAGAGGUCACUACCAUCGUCAAUUUCCAAGACUCAGUACCUUCAGAAUGUUGUAGGAGAGACAGAAAUUAGGAAAGGAGAAGGAAUGGAACUUGAUCAGCUGUUCCAAAAGUCCACUAGUGUGGGAUGCAGACACAAACCGCUGCAUCCUUUUCAGUUGGAUGUUCUCAUGGAUGCUUUUCAGCUGCGAGAAGCAACUUCUACCGAUUUGCCUUAUACAAAGAAAAGGGCUUCUGAUGGGUCAAACUUGAAAGGUGAAGGCAGGGAAGAGAAGAAACAUAAAAAACACAAACACAAAAAUAGGGAGUCAAAAAAGGACAAACACAAGAAUAUAGAGACAAAAAUGGGUUCUAACAUGCAGUCUCAUCCCCGCUUUGAUGCUAGCAGGGACAAAGAUAAAGAGUAUAAGAGAACAGGGGAUCAUAGUUUUGGUUCUGACCACUUCUUGAAACAACAAAGGGUGUCAAAAAUUUCUACUUUCUUGCCAUUAUAGUAAUUGCAUUUGAAGAACGAUGUUGAGCUUGUGGUCUUGUUACUUCACAUGUUAUUUUUCCACCAAAAUACUAGUAAUCUUUUUCUUGCUGUGAUUAGCUUAUUCAUAGUUACAUUUAAUGUAGUCUGUCCUUCAAAUCAGAAACUGCCAAGAAUUUUUCCUAGCCUUGGCCAUAGUAUACCUCAUACGUGAACUCUGUUUCAUAAAUUACUUUUUUAGAGCAAGUGUUAAGUGAUGGAAAAUAUUUUUCA